UCUGUCCUCCUGCAACCGGCACAUAACAGCAGCAAGAAAGACACUUCACAGAUAAAUGGGAGCCUCUGUGGAGCUGCUUCAGAGGAGCAGCAAGAGUCCUGCCUCCACAGCCGCAGCUACGCCUGCUCAUGCAUUAUGCACACUCAUGUGGGAACAUUGUCCCCCCAAAGCCAGAAGCAGAAAACAAGCUGGAGAGGGAUGAAGCUAUGGUGCUGCCUCAGCCUGUUUUACCCCCUAGGUCCAGCCAAGCUUCACCACUGCCUUCAGCUCCUGACAGCAGCUGCAGGGAUCUACCAGGAGAAAAUGAGGCCCAAAGGAACCGGUCUGCGUCAGGAGCCACCACAAAGCAGGACAUGUAUAUUGCAAUGGAUCGGUUCUGUGAGAUGCCCCAUGGCCACUCAGACUCUAAAAUUAAGCGGAAUGAACGGGAAGCCCCAGCCAAGAUUGCAGCAGACGUACGGGAAGUGGAGACUGACAGGUGUUUCAUGUGUUCAGCAGUAAUGCAGAGUGGUGGAGAAUAUGUGAAGUUCUGCAAGGACACGUUCUGGUUGGAGCCGCAUUCGGAUAAACUGAGAAAGCAGCUGGAAGAUGAACUGACCCUGAACAGCACCAACCUGAGGAGCCACGCCUGGUACCAUGGUCCAGUCCCCUGGGAGGUGUCUGAGAGUCUUGUGGCGAACCAAGGCGAUUUCCUCAUCAGAGACUCUCAGUCCAGUCCUGGAGACUUUGUUCUUACCUGCCACUGGGAGCAAAAGAUUCUCCACUUCCUCAUCAGGAAGACUGUGGUUCAGUCUAGUGAGACGUUCACCCGGGUCCAGUUCAGCCUGGAGCACAAGACUUUUGAUUCUGUCCCAGCCCUGGUUCACCACCACGUGGGCAGCAACUCGGCUCUGACACGGUGCAGUGGAGCUCAGAUCCAUCGACCUGCUAACAGGACGCUGCCCAUCAGUUUCCUGGAAGAGGCUUUCUGCACCACUGGCGGCCCACAAUGUCACCAGAAGAGUGAGGAGGAGGAGGAAGAGAGGGUCCAACCAAAUAGUCCUUCAUUUCCUCAGCAUAAAAGGACAGAAGAGCAUAAUAGCACUGGGAAGCCCUACUUCUCCUCUCCAUACACCUCACCGUCCAAAAAUCCAUUCAGCAGCCAAGCACUGAGCUUGAGUCCAUCUCCAGACGUUUCAAAGUGCUCAGUCACAACUGGACCUUACUCCUCACCCAGUACCAUGCUGCACAGACAGUACCUCAGAAUACCGGCCAUGACGCAGGACUCUCCCCCCGCCUCUUAUAAAGAUGGAAGUGCCUACACCCAGCCGCAUCCACAGACCUUUGUGAAAAGGCUGCAGGCGAUGGAAUGCUCAAUGAGCGCUGGCCCACGGAGGCUGGAUGAUGGGAACGUGUUCUUGCCGGUGGUGGAGACAGUUUCUAGUUUCAAACCUAGCAAGUACCGAUCACAGCUGAUAUCCAGAGAGAAUAAGCCUCUGGAGGUAAGCAUCCUGAGGAGGGUGAAGGAGCUGCUUAUGGAGGUCGACCCCAGGAAGGCAGCCAGACACAUCACCAAGAAUGACUGCAUGUUAGCGAGAAUUAUGGAGGGGACUUUGGAGAUGCAAAAGAUGAUGGGUGUAGGUUCUGGGAUGGAGUUACUUACAUUACAACACGGUCAACAGCUGAGACGGGACCUGCUGGAGAGGUUUCACACCAUGUCCAUCACAUUGGCCGUGGACGUGUUGGGCUGCACAGGGACAAAUGAAGAGCGGGCCGCUCUGCUUCAUAAAGUCAUCCAAAUUGCUGCAGAGCUAAAGACCACCAUGGGCAACAUGUUUGGCUUCGCCGCUGUCAUGAGAGCUUUGGAGAUGCCGCAGGUUUCUCGUCUGGAGCAGACAUGGAUGGCGUUACGGCGGCGGCACACCGAGGGCGCCAUUCUUUAUGAGAAAACUCUGAGACCAUUUCUCAACAGCCUGAACGAUGGAAGAGAAAGCUGUCCGCUGUCCAACACCACCUUCCCCCACGUCCUCCCCCUCCUAAAUCUGCUGGAAAAGACCUCAGCGAUGGGUGAGGGGAUGGGGCCAUGGGAGUGUGGAGAGGUUAAUGUGGAUGCGGUCAUGUUCCACCUGGGAGCAGCGAGGACCAUUGCUCAGCUAGGGGGUAUUUACCGCAGCAAUGCUGAGAGCAAAUUACAAGGUUUCCAGGAGCAGAGCGAGAUCCGGGAGCUCUUCCUGACUGACUUCCAGAUGAGGCUCCUGUGGGGCAGCAAAGGAGCUGAAGAGAACCAGACUUUCAGAUUCUCCAAGUUCCACCAAGUGCUGACCACGUUGUCCAACAGGCUUGAACCUCCGGCCAGACGAGUCUAAUCCCUCACACAAAUCCUCAAGACCCCGCCUACAUUUAUUUGUUUGAAUGGGACAUGAUAUUAUGGAGAAAGAGUUUUGUUUUGCAUUUUAAAACUUAUUUCUUGCUCAAAUCUGUACACCAACCCCAUCUCUGAGAACAGAACAGACUUGUGGAUAAAUUAUUGUUUGACCUAAAUGAUUAAUAAAGAAGCAGCAAAAACCUUUUAUUUUAAGGGUUUAUUAUAGAUUAUAGAAACAUAUGCUGCAAAAUAAUGAUUUUACAAAAUUUCCUGUUACAUUUGAUCUAAUUUAACUAACAGCUGAGGUUAUAGUUGAUGGACAUGAACCCUUUAGAAAGUGUGAUAUGUUACAGUGAUCAAAGAAAGGUCUGGUCUUAUAAUAACCCAAAAGCCUCAGUUGACAUGUAUUUCUGUCAAGUCAAAUUGUACAGCCAGUCACAAAAUAAUGCAUUUACAUGUCAGUAGUUUUAUUCUAUCAUGUGCUGAUGUGAAUUUAGAUAUGUGAGGUGAUGUUUAAUAUAAUCUUAUGCUGUUUUUAAAAAUAAAAGAUAAUAUGCUACUUAAGAGUGAAGUGAUCGAACUGACAAAUAAACAGAAAAUAUGGUUUUGUCAUGA